GGGCUAAUUGAUCGGAUCUCCCUCGAUUGAAUCCCGAUCAUUCAUCUCACUUUUUUUUGAAUGGGGAGAGACAUCUCUGAAGCGUUUCCACAAUGCCUCCGGGUCAUUUUGAAUCUCCCGCUCGUGAAGAGAAAUGAUGAACUUCGUUUUUACGUGAAUCUGACGGGCUGGGGUUUAGUGCUCCCGAGGUAUAAGUGAAUUUAGGUUAGGAUAACCCUGGUGGUAGGGAAAACGUCAGGCAGUUUAGCUCCAAAUCUAUUCAUAUCUUCAUGUAUACGUGGGGAAUAUUUGACAAAAUCUAGUCCCCACCAGUGGGUUUGUUCAACACCGAGGUUUCUAAAUAGAAUAGUCGUUCCAUUUUGGUUAUUGAAAGUGCUUUGAACCUGCUGAAUACAAUGGCCCUUCUGGGGGCUCAACUAGUCAUCACAUUAGUGAUGGUGAGCCUCAUACAGAAAUUGAGUCCACAUUUUUCGUUUGGACGGUGGAUAUUAUGUUCUACAGGGCUCUCGAGGUUUUUGUAUCCAACAGAUCAGCAGCUGAAAAGCCUAGCUGGCAUCCCCAAAGAAAAGCCCAGGAAGGGAAGACACAUGGAGAAUGGUAAAACACCUGAGACAUUUCACAUUCCUCGCAAUCUCGAUCUCACACUCGAGACUGCCAAAGUGUCACAACUCGAUGUAGUGCACUUGAAGUAUUAUUCUGAGUUUCAGUGGUUAUUGGAUUUUUCGGUGUACGCUGCUAUUACUUAUACGUUGACUGAGGUUUAUAAUUAUUUCUAUCCAAUUACUGAUGAGAUCAAUCUCAGCAUGGUGUGGUGUUCACUAGUUAUUGGAUUCGCAUUCAAGAUGUUACUAACAUUAUGGAUCCAGUAUUUCAAAGGUGACGAGAGUGUAGGUGAGAGAUCCACCUGCAUAGUCACAGGAUUUGUCUACCUCCUUAUAGCCAUGAUGAUUCUGAUUGUCGACGAGAAUAAACUAGAAAUUGGUCUGGACAAGGCGUACGUCAGUUUCAACCACAGUGCCUCUAUUUUCCUGGGAAAUCAAGGGCUCUCAUCGGCCGGACCAGCCUCCCAAAUAGUUUUAAAAUUCUUCCUAGCCAUCUGGUGUGGAUUGCUUGGAUCUCUCUUCACCUUUCCUGGCCUGAGAAUGUCCAAGAUGCACUGGGACACCAUGAAGUAUUAUAAGGACAGGAAAAUUCUGAAAUUACUAGCGAAUAUUAGCUUCGUCUCGCCCCUGUUCCUGGUUUGUUUGUGGAUUAAACCAAUUAGCAGGGAUUACUUCAGUGUGAGAAUAUUCUCGGGAAUGGAUAAGCCACUGAUGACGUCGGAAGCUUUUGACAGUGCGAGACUCAUUGCAAUUAUCCUAGUAGUUGUUCUCAGAAUAUCACUGAUGCCAUUGUACCUACAGUCGUAUCUCAAUCUCGCUGAACAGAGAUUAGAGAAUCAGAAGAAAGAAGCUGGUAGAAUAACAAAUGUUGAGUUGCAGAAAAAGAUAGCUGCAGUGUUCUACUACCUGUGUGUGGUGACUCUCCAAUUCCUAGCCCCCCUAAUGAUGUGUUUAUUCUUCUCUCUGAUGUACAAAACCCUCGGUGGCUAUACCUGGAACGCAGUGUUGACUGACAGCCCCCCAGAGGAAUGCUCAAUAAACGACCAAUCACCCCAGCCCCCACUAGACCUCUCAGACACUGAGAAAACAGUCACCCAAACCGUUGAGGAACUGCACUUGGCAUUGAGCUCCCUCCGUAAAAUAUUCACAACGGAAGUGUUCAGGGGACUCCUCGGGCUGGCGACGUGGUGGAGUUGUUUCACUAUUUUCGCGACGAACGCUAUGGGAAUGUUCUACCAGAGCUACUUUGCUAAUGCGUAGCUUCCUCAUUAAUUCCCAGGAGAGAAUGACCAGGCACGAUAAAAUUCCGUAGGAAAACCUAGUAAAUUCGCUAGAAAAUUCUAUUGGAUUCUAUUGCUAGUUCUUGAACAAUUUUAUUGAACAUUUUCGCACCUCAUCUGUGCGUUUUUUUUUCAAUCAAAACGUUUAAUGUUAACUAUUCUAUAGAAAGAAUCAAUAGAUUCCUAUUUUUUAAACAACUUAUUCUAGUGUUCUUUAUUUGAUUUCUUAUGAAAAGAGUUUCUGUUUUCAUUUAAAAAUGGUAUAAAAAAAACUAGGAAAAUUGAUGUUGAGAAAUUUGUUUAGAAAAUUGCUAAAUAGAGAAAGUUGCAGAGAAAGAUAAAAUUUUACUGUUUCUUUUUAAUAAAAUAGUUUCUAUUGAGCAUUUUCUUCGCAAAACUAAUAAAAUUUUCAAUAAAAGUUCAACAGAAAUCCAACAGAAUUUUUUAGCGAAUUCGUUAUAUUUUUCUAUGAAAUUUGUUCGUGGGUGACAGAAAUCUUUAUGCUCAAUGAGAACGCACAUUACUAGAGUGAUUGAAUUUUUUAAUUGACAAAUAUUUUUUGUGAACGUGUGCAUCAAACUUUGCCAAAGAAACAUCCUUCAUCUACAACUCCACCGAGGGUGUCGUGCUCAUUCCACCACAGACGCCCUCAGGCGCGUAAAACUGCACCAGAAUGAUCAAAUAAGUUGUGAUAACUCCAACAAACUGAAAAUAUCAAGUACAUGAACAUAAAUCAUUUGGUCUUCAUUGAAAUGUGUAAAUAAAUAUAAAUAAUUGUGUAAAAAAUGUUUACGUUAGUCAAGAGAUUAUUGUCCAUGAUGAAAAAUUCGCAUGCAGUGAAUGCGAUGAUGCUGUGGUCCAGUUGUGCUGAGAAAUCAUUGAUUUCAUUGCGGAGGCUGAGCUCUGGGUCUUCAGGGGCUCUGGUAAUGUCGAUUGAGUAUAGGUCGCAGGGUCUUGGCCCUUUGGGUAGCCUCCUGGGGUCAAUUCACUUCAUGAAAGUCUCAUACAAAAAAAAACAUA